AUGUCGUUCGGCCUAAAAAAUGCCGAUGCCACCUAUCAACGCCUAGUUAACCGCAUGUUUGAGCACCAAAUAGGAAAAUCAAUGGAAGUUUAUAUAGAUGACAUGGUUGUUAAUUCCCUACGAGUAGAUGACCAUUUAAAGUAUUUGCAGGAAACUUUCGAUAUAGUAAGAAAAUGCAACAUGAAGCUGAACCCAGAAAAAUGUGCCUUCGGUGUCGGUUCGAGUAAUUUCCUUGGCUUUAUGGUUUCGAAUCGAGGGAUCAAGAUCAACCCGGACAAGAUAAAGGCAAUAAAAGAUAUCACCAUUGUAGACGACAUCAAAGGGGUGCAGACAUUGACCGGGCGGAUAGCUGCACUAAGCCGCUUCAUCUCUAGAUCCUCAAAUAAAAGUCAUCGAUUUUUCUUGUUACUGAAGAAAAAGACCGACUUCGCCUGGACCCCCGAGUGUCAAAGGGAUUUAGAAGAACUCAAAAGAUCUGUUCAAUUCAAUAACAAUGAAGCUGAGUAUGAGACUAUGAUUGCAGGUCUGGAACUGGCCAAGAGCUUGGGGGCCGAGGUCAUUGAGGCCAAAUGCGAUUCCCUCCUCGUGGUUAAUUAUGUGAAUGGGACAUUUGACGUCAAAGAAGACAUGAUGAGAAAAUACUUGGACAAGCUGCUAGUAGUGUUGCACGGAUUCAAAGAGUGGACACUUGAACAUAUAUCUCGAGAUCAGAAUAACGAGGCCGAUGCAUUGGCUAAUUUGGGCUCAUCGGUCGAAUUCGAGGGGUUCAACUCUGGUGCCGCGAUACAAUUGAUGAGCUCAAUUAUCGAGACAAGCCACGCUGAGAACUUGAAUAAAAGGUUGACCGGGUCUAAGCACAGGUGGAAGGAGAUUUUACCUGAGGUUUUAUGGGCAUAUCAUACAGCGGUAAGAUCCGACGGGGAACCCCCGUUCUCCCUAGUGUAUGGAGCCGAGGCACUAAUACCCAUCGAUGUCGGUGAAUCAAGCUUAAGGUUUCAGCAUGCUACAGAGGCAUCGAAUCACGAAGCCAUGACCACUGGUCUAAAUCUAGCAGAUGAAAAAAGAAAAGCUGUCUAUGUCCGGUUAGCAGCUCAAAAGUAA